GUGCACUAGCCCUGCCAGUCCCCCGCCAGGAGAGACAGACAGAGAGAGAGAGAGACCAGAGUGGAGACCUCCAGUUGUGAGCGCGAGCGCGCUGAGAACGACGAACAUCGCCCGACGAGAGAGAGAGAGAGACGCGGAGAAGACAAAGAGAACGAGGGAGACAAGAGGAGGGAGAGACACGAGGAAGGAUCCACGUGGGAAGGUGGACUGGCACGGCACGGCACGCGCGCGCACGCGAUCCACGACCAGGGCUCGAGAACGCCCGAACAUAACCCGGCAAAAGAAAAUCGGUAGAAUUCAAUAAUUGAAAUUUCUCAUUUUUUUUGUUUAAGUCCAGCACGCGCGUCCCCUGCACCAGCCCUGCGUCUGCCCCUCUCUGCUUCUCGCGUGACCCAGGUUCUCGGAUGGCGGGUCCCAGGAUGAAGCCUCUCCAUUCUCCCCACGGCGCGAGCGGCCGGCCCCGCUCCUCCGCCGCCCUCAUCAUCGCCGUCGCCACCGUCGGCGUGGUCAUCUUCAACGUCGCUGCCACGGCUGCCUCGGGUCACGUGCCCACACCGAAGGCCAUGAAGGUUCGCGCGGCCCGGCAAGCGCCCGUGCGCGGCGUCCUCGCCGGGACGGUGACCCUCCCCUGCAGCUACGCGCACAACCCCCACGACGACGAGGAGGUGGCGGCGAGCCACCCUCCUCCCGACCGUGACCACAAGCACCACCACCACCACAAGCACCACCACCACAAGCACCACCACCACCACCACGGGGACGACCACGUCGACCGAGGCACCGUGCCACCGACGCCGGCCGGCACACACUCGCGACCGCGCGUCAAGUGGAGCAAGUUGGGCGCCGACGGACACUGGGCGGACGUGAUCGUCUCGCAGAACCUCCACUCGCGCGCGGGUCCCGGGUUCGAGGGCCGCGUCUCCCUGCCGCGGUUCCUGGCGCCCCACGGUGGCGGAGACGCGGCGAGCGGAGACGCCUCGCUCGAAAUCUCGCUCCUGCGCGACUCCGAUCGCGGCACGUAUCGCUGCGAGGUGAUGGCCGGCAUGGACGACGAGAGGGACGUGGUGGAGCUGCUGGUCGAUGGUGUGGUGUUCCACUACCGCUCGGCGCAGAGCCGCUACACCCUGGACUUCGCGAGCGCGCAGGCGGCGUGCGCCCAGAACGGGGCGCGCCUCGCCUCGCCGCAGCAGCUGCAGGCCGCGUACGAGGACGGCAUGGACCAGUGCGACGCCGGCUGGCUCUCCGACCGGAGCGUGCGGUAUCCCAUCAUCCGGCCGAGGCCCGGCUGCUACGCGGACAAGAACGGCAACCCGGGCGUGCGCUCGUACGGCCAGCGCGCCGCGCACGAGACGUACGACGCGUACUGCUUCACCGAGAGGCUCGCAGUCGAGGUGUUCCACACGACCUCCCCGGGCCGCCUGACCCUGAGCGAGGCCCGCAGCGUGUGCGAGGCCCUCGGCGGCGGCCUGGCCACCGUGGGGCAGCUGUAUGCCGCGUGGAAGUUCGCGGGCCUCGACCGCUGCGACGAGGGCUGGCUGGCGGACGGCAGCGCGCGCUACCCCAUCGUGUGGCCGCGGCAGAACUGCGGCGGGCCCGUGCCGGGCGUCCGCACCAAGUACCGCUACGCCAACCAGACGGGCUUCCCCAGCCCCAACUCGCGCUUCGACGCCUACUGCUACAGAGGAAACCAACCCGCUCUGCCGGAGCCAGCGCUGGCCUCUCGGGCCGAGGAGACGCAGCAGGCCCAAAACGUGGCCCCUCCAACUCCUCCUGCUCAACUCGCGAGCGACCCCGACCAAGACGAGCAGGUGACACCGCCGAUGAGCUCCUCCUCUUCGAAGGAGGAGGUGGAGGAGGUGGAGGAGGUGGAGGAAGAAGCCAGCGUGCAGGCACAAGCACCGCCACUCGCGGUCGAGCAGCAGCAGGAGGAGGCGACGUCGCCACGAGAUGAGGUCACAGGUCACGAAGAAGAACAUUCUGCUACUUCAGAGCCAUCAUCUCCGUUACCCAAGGAGGAGGAGGAGGAGAAAUCACCUGAAGUCGUGCUAACUGGUCAUGAAGAACUGUCGUCCGCGACACCUGAGGAGACUUCGCCGGGACACGUGGUCGCAGAUCAUGAAGAGUCUUCAUCUCCUACACCCGAAGAAUCGGCAUCUCAGACACCUGAAGAACCAUCACCUUUGACACAUGAGAAGAUAUCGCCAGAUGUGGUCACAGAUAAUGAAGAACCGUCACAUCUGACACCUGAGAAAACAUCACUUGAGGGUGAGGUCACGGGUCAUGAAGAACCUUCCUCUCUGACACCCGAAGAAUCGGCAUCUCAGACAGCUGAAGAACCAUCACCUCUGACUCCUGAGCAGAUAUCGUCAGAUGUGGUCACAGAUCAUGAAGAACCGUCACCUCUGGCACCUGAAAAGACAUCACCUGAAGGUGAGGUCACGGGUCAUGAAGAACCUUCCUCUCUGACACCUGAAGAAUUGGCAUCUCAGACACCUGAAGAACCAUCACCUCUGACUCCUGAGAAGAUAUCGCCAGAUGUGGUCACAGAUCAUGAAGAACUGUCACCUCUGACACCUGAUAAUACAUCACCUGAGGGUGAGGUCACGGGUCAUGAAGAACCUUCAUCUCUGACACCUGAAGAAUUGGCAUCUCAGACACCUGAAGAACCAUCGCCUCUGACUCCUGAGAAGAUAUCGCCAGAUGUGGUCACAGAUCAUGAAGAACCGUCACCUCUGACACCUGAUAAUACAUCACCUGAGGGUGAGGUCACGGGUCAUGAAGAACCUUCAUCUCUGACACCUGAAGAAUUGGCGUCUCAGACACCUGAAGAACCAUCGCCUCUGACUCCUGAGAAGAUAUCGCCAGAUGUGGUCACAGAUCAUGAAGAACCGUCACCUCUGACAUCUGAAAAGACAUCACCUGAAGGUGAGGUCACGGGUCAUGAAGAACCUUCCUCUCUGACACCUGAAGAAUCGGCAUCUCAGACACCUGAAGAACCAUCACCUCUGACUCCUGAUAAGAUAUCGCCAGAUGUGGACACAGAUCAUGAAGAACCGUCACCUCUGACACCUGAUAAGACAUCACCUGAAGGUGAGGUCACGGGUCAUGAAGAACCUUCAUCUCUGAUACCUGAAGAUUUGGCAUUUCAGACACCUGAAGAACAAUUGCCUCUGACUCCUGAGCAGAUAUCGUCAGAUAUGGUCACAGAUCAUGAAGAACCAUUACCUGUGACACCUGAGAAGACGUCACCUGAAGGUGAGGUUACGGGUCAUGAAGAACCUUCAUCUCUAACACCUGAAGAACUGUCGUUCCUGAUAUCUGAGAAGACAUCGCCAGGAGAUGUGGUCAAAGAUCAUGAAGAACCAUCACAUCUGACACUUGAGAAGACAUUGCCAGAAGAUGUGGUCACAGAUCAUGAAGAACCAUCACCACUGACACCUGAGAAAACAUCACCUGAUGGUGAGGUUACGGGUCAUGAAGAACCUUCAUCUUUGACACUUGAAGAACUGUCGUUCCUGACACCUGAGAAGAAAUUGCCAGGAGAUGUGGUCAAAGAUCAUGAAGAACCAUCACAUCUGACACCUGAGAAGACAUCAUCUGAGGGUGAGGUCACGGGUCAUGAAGAACCAUCACCUCUGACUCCUGAGAAGAUAUCGCCAGAAGAUGUGGUCACAGAUCAUGAAGAUCCGUCACCUCUGACACCUGAGAAUACAUCACCUGAAGAUGUGGUUGCAGAUCAUGAAGAACUGACACCUUUGACAUCUGAAAAGACAUCACCUGAAGGCGAGGUCAUGGGUCAUGAAGAACCUUCCUCUCUGACACCUGAAGAAUCAGCAUCUCAGACACCGGAAGAGCCGUCACCUCUGACACCUGAGAAGACUUUACCUGAAGUUGAGGUCUGGGGUCAUGAAGAAGCUUCAUCUCUGACACCUGAAGAACCAUCGUUCCUGACACCUGAGGAGACUUUGUCAGGAGAUGUGGUCAAAGAUCAUGAAGAACCAUCACCUCUGACUCCUGAGAAGAAAUCACAUGAAGAUGAGGUCAGGGGUCAUGAAGAAGCUUCAUCUCUCACACCUGAAGAAUUGUCGUUCCUGACACCUGAGAAGACAUUGUCAGGACAUGUGGUCACAGAUUAUGAAGAACCUUCAUCCCUGACACCUGAAAAGACAUCACCUGAAGGUGAGGACAUGGGUCAUGAACAAUCUCAGAUACCUGAAGAUCUAUUACCUCUGACACCAGAGAAGGCAUCACCAGGAGCUGUGGUAAUCAUUAAUCAUGAAGAACAAUCACCCUUGACACCUGAGAAGCUUUUACCUGAAGGUGAGGUCACGGGUCAUGAAGAACCUUCAUCUCUCACACCUGAAGAAUUGUCGUUCCUGACACCUGAGAAGACAUUGUCAGGACAUGUGGUCACAGAUUAUGAAGAACCUUUGUCCCUGACACCUGAGAAGACAUCAUCUGAAGGUGAGGUCACCGGUCAUGAAGAAUCUUCAUCUCUCACACCUGAAGAACUGUCACCUCUGACACCUGAGAAGACAUCAUCUGAAGGUGAGGUCACCGGUCAUGAAGAACCUUCAUCUCUCACACCUGAAGAACUGUCACCUCUGACACCUGAGAAGACAUCGCCAGGAGAUGUGGUCACAAGUCAUGAACAAGAAACUUCCACGCCACCUUUGCCAUCAUCUCUGAUACUCGAGGAGAAGACAUCACCCAAAGAUGACAGCGCACAUCAUGAGCAAGAACCUUUCCCCUCAGAACCAUCACCGUCUACACCCGAGGACGAUAAAACAUCACUUGAAGACGAAAAUCCUUCUUCAGAGCCACCAUUUCCAAUAUCAGAAGAGGAGAGGACACCACUACCCGAUGACGAUGAUGACGAUUCACCUCCUCAUUCAGGGCCGGAGGUCGUCAUUGCGGGCGAUACGCCGGUGGAGGCCGAACCUCCCGUCGAAACGUCGACGGGCCCAGAAAUGGCCCUCGUGGACGUGCUGACUCAAACGGAGCGACCCCAUGACGAAUCUUCUCCUCCUCCUUCAUCUUCGGACGAGGCUGAACACACCGAGGCAACUCCGUCGGCAGCGUUGGCAGAAGAGGCCGUCAGCCACGUGGAGGGAGACCUCGCAAACGACGAGGUCGAAGCUACGACCGCCAAAGCUCUGGGGAAAGUUGACGCGCCAGGAGGCGAUGAGCCAACGCCGGCGGAGCUUCCCGAAACGUCGGACUUGGUGGGGAGAGUAGAGUCGCCUGGUGAAGGCCCACCAGUCGCUCAGCCGGACGUGCUCAUCUCCCAAGACUCCGGGGUGGAAGAAGAAAUCACGGCGGGGCCUUCGCAUGCCAGCUUGCCGGCGUUGGCCGCCAGCGUGGACGGCGAAGGUAGCGGCGUCACGAUCGAAGCGGUGGAUGGGGAAGCAACGACCGAGCCCUCGGAGGAGUCGAACGCCAUCGUCUCACUCGCCGAGCACCAGCAGGAGGAUGACUCUGGCGAUGCUGCUCCCGCUCCCUUGCCAGACGAGGCCAAGGGCCACGUGGAGGAGAUGGUGGCGCCGACUCUGUCAACACUGAUGACGACCGUGCAGAUGCUGCCCGAGUCAGUGACCGAGAGCGACGACGACACGACCGAAGGCUCGGGAAACCACGUCGACUCCUCGCCGAUAUCGCCGCCGGUCGUGGUCAAAACCGCGGAGCCCGAGGCGGACGAAGAGGAGGGGCCGGCACCGGCGCCCGCAUCCGAAGCGGCGGCGGGGGCGACGGCGGCAGCGGCACUUUCGGAAGAAUCGCACGAACCGGAACGAUCCGCGCCGGAUGCCGACAUGGAGGAGGCGCCGCUAGGCUCCGACGCCAAUCACCCCACCACGGCGCCGGCCGGUGCUCACGCAGCAGCGGCCCCGGCGAGCUACGAGACGCACGGCGCCUUCCCCACGCUGAAGGAGCAAAUCGCGGCGCAGGCCCGGCUGCUGGACCGCGGCCGAGACGACUAUGCCGGUUACGCCAUCAUCGCCGAGUCGACCGCGGCGCCGGUGGACGGCGAUGAGGGACGCCAUCCAUCGUCGCCACCAGAGACGCAGGACAUCGACGAGGGCUUCGUGCAGGUGCUGCCAUCCGUGGCCGUCAAACCCACACCGUCUGGUGCCACGUCUUCGCCGGCCGCUCACGUAGAGAUGCCAGGAGAGGGGCUGGCCGGGAGCGAGACGUCUCCGGACGAAGCUCAGGAGCCGUCCACACUUCCCAGCGCCCUGCAGGAGUCUGCCCCCGAAGGUUCCGGAGACGUGGAUGGGACGGACAAGGAGGCCGAACCUCAGCCUCCGUCGUCCAAGGAGUCCGAGGAGUCUGAAGAAUCCAAGGAGUCUGAUGAGCUGUCUCCUCUUCUGGAGGCUUCGCACGGCGUAGAGAGCAUCGUCCUGGCAACCUCUCCCACCCCAGUGGAGCCUCUUGCCCCAGAAGCUUCUGCGGGGAUCGACCUCAACAGCGACGUGGCCACGCUGCCACCCGCGUUGCUCGCAGAGCCGGCGAGCAGCGGCGGCGACUCUUCUUCUUCUUCCGAAGAAGAAGAGAAGCCGGUGCCAACUUCACCAUCCGGGGAGGAGCAGGAGGAGAAGCAGGAGGAGGAGCAGGAGGUCGCAUCGACGGAGUGGUCCGGUCUUCCUGAGCUGCAGCCGGGUCCCCGCAUCUCCCCCGUGGCCGAUCUGCCCGAUGAGAAGCACGCGGGCGAGGGCGGCGAGGGGGGCGACAACGAUGAUGACGCUUUGAUCGAAGCCUCCACAGGCAAACCCGAGGUGACGAUGCCAGAAGACGGGAUCAUGGGCACUCCUCAUCCGGAAGCCGCAUCGGAGGCGUCUGGCGCAGAGUGGCCGCACUUCGCGGGAGAGUCGGGGGCGGAGGGAGGCGAGGGAACAGACGUCGCCACGGCCGCAAGUGGCGUGGAGACGUCGCCCGAAGGCAGUGGAGAGCCCUGGACGGUGGCGUCGCCGCAACUCGAAGAUCCUUUCGUCGAGCCUCGGGUGGAAGGCGCCGCACCUGCCGAUGACACGGACGUGGGCGCCCUCGACAGAGAGCCGUCCCAGGCGUUGGAGGUAGCCUCGCUGACGCCGGAGACACCGCAGGGCCUUUUCAUCUCGGCUCACCCUCCCGCCGAGAGCGGCAGGUCGCACGCCGAUGAGGAGGAGGAGUCGAGCGGAGAGGGGGCCCUGCCGAACGUGCCGCUGGUCCUCAUCGCGUCCGUCACCACCCCCGUUCCCGCGGCGCCGAUGGAGCCGAACGGCAACAACGGCAACAGGAACGAACCCCAGGAGGCGGUGUCACCCAUCCUGUCCCAGAUCAAAAUCCCCGACAAAGAGCACCCGGGCGAGCAGUACCCGGAGGGCGAGCAAACGGAGGGGCGGGCCGACGGUGAGCGCUCGACCAACGAGCCCCCUCCCCAAACGUCGGACGACGUUUUCGCAGAGGGAGCGCCGCACGGACCGUCGGGUGCCCACGACCAGCGGCCGGCCGAGUGGGUAGAGGAGAAGGCCUACGAAGGUUUUGUAGAGGAGGCGGAUGAGAAAGAAGCUGCAGAGGCCGACAAAGAAGCGGACGGACCCACCGGCACCGCGCCGACUGCUCACGCCGACCGGGAGCCGGGCGGCGUUGAUGGCACCACCUUUCCCGGCGAGCCGGAAACGACUCCGGCAGAACAGCCCAGCAUCUCUUCUACGCACGGAACGUCCCCGAACGUGACCGUGAAGCUUCCCGCGCACGCGCACGCUGACGACAAAGAGGAAGAGGAGAAGGAGGAGAGGGGCGAUGGCAUCCCGUUUGGAAGGCCAAUUCCCGCGGACGAAAACAACGCACUGGCGAACGAACUGCCGGGAGAGACCGCCCUAGCUCCCGCGGUCCCGUCGGCUGGACAGCUGUCUACUCAGUCGAACGUAGACAGCGACGACGAUGACGAGAAUGAAAUCGCUGCAAACUCACCAGUCACUCCGGCCCCUCUGGGGGACUUCCACGAGCCCUCGAGCAUCGACGAGCGGCCACAGGGAGCCGAGACGAGCAGCAACGCGCCGGAAGAGGAGAACGUUUGGAACUGGCCCUCCGUCGUCGACCCCGAGGCCGGUGUCCACGACGGAGGGGCGUCUGCGGAGGCCGCGGGCGUCCCGGCAUCUGACACGCCGGCCGUCGGAAAGGACGAGGGCGAUGAGUCGGGGGAGCCAUCGUCAGCGACGACCGCCACCGGUCCUCCGGUGUCGGGCCACGCCGUGGGGCCCUCGGAGGAAGACGUCGCAGUACCCCAUGCGUUCACGCCGUAUUCCAUCGUCGAGUGGGAGGAGGACAGCUCGGUUGCCGGCACGCCAUUCCCCGACGAGAGCCUGGUGCUCUCCCUGCCGGACUGCGAGCAGAACCCGUGUGAGAGCGGCGGGCGCUGCGUGUCCUACGAGGGGCAGCACCACUGCGUCUGUGAGCCGGGCUACUCCGGGGACCGAUGCGAAGUCGAGGUGGACGAGUGCGAGUCCAACCCCUGCCACAACGGCGGCACGUGCGUGGACCACGUGGCCUCCUACUCGUGCCAGUGCCUGCCCAGCUACGCCGGCAAGCACUGCGAGGAGGACACGGAGAUCUGCGAGCCGGGCUGGCAGAAGUUCCAGGGCCACUGCUACCGCUACGUGACGGAGCGUCGCGACUGGGAGCGCGCCGAGCGAAGCUGCCGCACCUUCGGGGCCCACCUGGCGAGCGUGCACUCGCGCGAGGAGCAGCGCUUCCUCACCAGUCUCGGCCAGUACCAGUGGAUCGGCCUCAACGACAGGAUGUACGAGAACGACUUUCACUGGAGCGACGGAAGCCACCUGGACUACGAGAACUGGAGGCUCAACCAACCCGACAGCUUCUUCGAACCCGGCGAGGACUGCGUGGUGCUCAUCUGGCACGAGAACGGGCAGUGGAACGACGUUCCGUGCAACUACCACCUCACCUUCACCUGCAAGAAGAGCGCAGUGUCGUGCGGGCCGCCACCCGUGGUGCCCCACGCGCGCUCCUUCGGGGCUCUGCGCGGCCGCUACGAGCUGCACGCCCUGGUGCGCUACCGGUGCCGCGAGGGCUUCGUGCAGCGCCACCAGCCCAGCGUGCGCUGCCGCGACAGCGGCCGCUGGGACGAGCCGCGCAUCACCUGCGUGCGACCCGGCACGAUCGCGAGGAGCACGAGCCAAGGUCGUGACCCUGCUGCCCCCCACCAGCACCUCGCGUGGUCGCGCCUGCCGAGGCGUUCACCGCACCGGCACCGCUUCCUGCACUGAGCCCCCCACCACCCCGUACCCCCCCCCCCAUACCCCACGUGCCCCCCCCCCACAUCCCCGUGCCCCGCCCCCACCCCCCGUGCCCCACCCCCCGCGUCCCAGAGCCUCCAACUUCUCUCACCCCCCCCCCCGCAAACCCAAUCACGACGGCUCCCAGGCCACAAGAGGAACGCAUCGACUAAAAUCAUCGAUAUUUCUUUUUUACGACACGUCGAUUGAAAUCAUCGAUGUUUUUUAAUUGAUCGAUUUUUAUCGAUCGAUUCCUAGGAAAUACGAUACACGCAAAUGAGUGUCGUUGCGUUUGAGAGUGGUGCACGUUUAAUGUUCGCGUGCUUUUCGUAUCUCACGGGGAGCGCGUGACCUCUUCCUGCCGCCUACUAGAGGCCGCUACAUUCACGACGGUCGAGAUUUUUUUUUUUUUAAUAAUUUAAUCGUGACUAAAAAUCGCUACUAUGCAAUUCAACGCUGGGUGGGGAGGCGGGAGGAGUGGGAAUCGUUACCCGCCUGCUAAGAUAUGCAACAGACGAUGACGCAUCGAUUCACAUCGAUUAUUCGGCUCACGGACACACGCAUGGAAUCGCGCGUGUUCGGAUCUGCCUAAAGAUGAUUAUUUUACGAUCCGCAAGCAAGAAUGCGUAAGGAGCCGGUGAAAAAAUGAAACUAAGAAAAAUAUUGCUUGAUUUUAUUCCUUUCAUCCCGAAUUGUGACAUUGUGAAGCCCUUGCAUCGCGGCGUCGUGAGCCGUGGGCGCAUGGUGCUCGAGAAUAUUGGGUGCCAAACAUUAUCAGAGUUGUGUGUUUUUGUUUGCAUUCCGACCGCAGGUAUUGUGGUCAAUGCAAAUAUGACUCCUUGUAAAAAAAGGUGUCAGUUUUGUUGCCAGAUAAAAGGGUAAAAAAACAAUUAUAAUAUUUUGCUACUGGCAAAGGAGGGUUCCAAUGGUGGGUGCCAUACUCUUUGGUUCUUUCGGUAAAGUCACGUGGGUAGAAAAAAUAAUAAAGAUCACGACGUUUCGAUCGCAACACAAGCGGUUGUUUUGUUUCCUUUUCCGCCUGAGGACGACCGCUUGUGUUGCGAUCGAAACGUCGUGAUCUUUUAUUAUUUUUUCUACCCACGUGACUUUACCGAAAGAACCAAAGAAUAUGUAUUCCUGCAGUCACGAAAGCUUCAAAUCAAUAUUGGGGUGCGGCACGCCAUUUACAGACGAGCACGGAGGGCGAAGUAGAGAGCACGAAAUGUCCAAAGCGCAGAACAGACUCGCGGUUGAGACGCGACGGAUCACGAGGGAUGAAAAUAUCCGGCAAAUAAGUUCGUCGUUUUACAGCUCAGCCGUCGCUGCCACGACCCUGGUGAUUUGCAGCCAACGGGCUGCAGAAUGUCCAAGUCUCUGCGUCGGGAAGAGCUUCGGUUUCAUUCGGAAUCGCUCAGCAGUCUCGUUUAGCGAGGGAACACUGGGAGUUUUGAAUUUUCACGGAAAUUUCUUCAGUCACGUUUAUGGAAAGGGUACCGGAUAUACAAAUUGGUUUGGUUUUUUUUGUGACGUCGUGAAAAGUUAAAUGUUCACGAAUGGAAUUCGUCAAACAUCUUAAGUGUGGCAGGACCCUCCCGAUAAACAUCGCUGAGACUCAGAUGAGGCUCUCCUCGGAUAAAUGGAAUCACCGUAUUGUCCGGAUUAUAACACACGCUUGUUUUUUUUUAAUAUUUCUGUAUUUCAAAGAAAACGUUGGUCACCGUGUGUGUGUGUGCGCGUGUGGGAGUGUCAGGCCAUAUCCUCUAGAUCUGAAUAAUACGGCAAUACCACAACACUGGGCCGAUAGCCCAUUGAUAACCAGAGGAAAUGACACGUGACUGCCGCUUUAUGACGUAAAGAGAACGUGUCUCGUGUUCACGGACGAAGACAGCUUUAAACUUAAAAUUUUAUAUACCUUACCGUGGCUGUGAGUAUAUGUGUAUGAAUAUUUUUAUAUAUAUAAAUACACAGUAUAUAUUUUUUUUGAGAGAGAAGAGGAAUGGGGAAAAAUAUAAGUACAUUUCAUUGUUGUAAAUCUGUUUCUUUUGGAAAUGUCAGAGCACUUAUCAUGCUUGUCCGCAGGAGGGCGCUGUGUCGCUGUGUUCGACAACGUGAACCCUUCGUCCAGACUUAAGCCAACGUGGUCCAAAGUCACCACCAAGAGGGUGGGGGAGGGGUUGAUUGAGAUCUCGUAGAAUGUAUUCCAGCCCCCCCCCUAAUUCCCCUGGACCCCCCCCCCCCCCACCUCGCCUUACUCAUUCCCCCGGCAACAUGGGCGGGCUGGGGAAAUAUUUUCAGGAGCUCAGCCCCGGCUAGCUCCGGCUGAAAGGAAGCUCUGUUUAUUACGGACGGAGAAGAAACACCACAAACCUAUGGCUGUUCCGCUUUGUUUAGAGACGUUUUGUUAGAAAGAGAAGAAACAAGGUGGAGUGGUGGCGCAGUCGUCAGCGCACUGCGCUACGAAUCCGGAAACCUCGGUUCGAUUCCUGGUGGCUACGGCUCACAUCCGUGCCGAGCGAUAUCCGGGGCUCUCACCCCCCCCCUUUCCCCAAUUCGUACAGCGUGUGUAGACCAUCAUCCAGCAGUGGAGUGACACUAGACUGUUAAUUGAUCAUUACCUUUUAAGGGAAGUGAAAUCGACCUGCUCGAAAUGGAAAUGCAAUUUUUGUUACAUCGUGUUGAAUGGGGUCACGUGAUUCCUACAGCCACUAGAGACCGCUAUCUUCACCGCGGUGCAAAAAAAGACCUCCUUUUGAAUGGCGAAUCCUGAAUUCAUAUUGAAUCGUGGGGGAGGAUGAACCGUCAUAUCCCUUCGCCACGCGAUUUAUUUUUGUUACCCUGAAGAAGACUAAGUGGCUGAAACGUCGGCUUUUUUAUCUUCCUCUCGGCGAAAUGACUCUUUUUUUUAAGUUUAAAUGUUGGGGUUGUUUUUCGAGUCCAGUGCAAAAGGCCCCUAAAAUAUCGGGACACGUGUUAAGGGGCAUCGUGUAAUGUGCCUGUGCGUUGCGUGUACGUGAUCAUGUGUGUGUGUAUGUCUUUGUAUCUUUGGGAUGGGAGCGUUGGAGCAGUGGUUAGCGCACUGCACUACGAACCCAGCUGGGUUCUUAAUACACAGCCUAACAUCAGUGACUUUUGAUGUAAACUGGUUCCGUGGCCCCAAUAGGUCGGCUCGGCCUUAAACGAGUACCGAGUGCGGUGUGGAAAAACAUCAGCAGUCGGGACACAAAGGCGGUCGGGCGUGAUUCUGACCAUAUUGCUCCUUGAUGUUCCGUGCAGGCCUUAAUAAUAGGUAAUCGCUAACAGCAUCUUCCCCAACAGCCUCAUGCGGCGGUACGGGAGCUAUUUGCCUUUGUGUGUGCGUGUGUGUACGUGUGUGUGUGUGCGUGUGUGUACGUGCGUUUACGUGCGUUUACGUGUGUGUACGUGUGUGUGUGUCAUUUGUUUUGGUUAAAGAUAUAUCUCACGAGGUUUAAGUGUCGGUAUGCAUAGGAUGCUGUUACAAAUGAAUGUACGCGUAACUUGCAAUCGCGUACAUUUGUGGAUAUCUGGUGGCGUUGUGCGGCAGCGGUCGGUAGCGCACUGCGCUAUGAAGCCGGCGGGCUGAGUUCGACUCCCAGACACGGCGACGUGAAAUCUGAACAACCCCUUAGCUAUUCUUCACCAACCCGCACUGACCAGCGUGGUGAAGUAUGGUCAAACAACCGCUACCCCCCACCCCCAUCGCGCUUGGCGAUGGGGGUGGGGGAGGGGAAGUAGUUUCAUCCAGCAGCGGAUAGACAAAUGGGUGUAAAUUAAUUUCAAAAAACGGGCUUUUAAAAUAACCUUUGAACUAACACGUUACAAUUGUUCCACGUGUGAUGUUGCUGAAGGCAUCACAGAUAAUAGUAUUAUUAUGAUCAGUGUCCAAAUCUCAACAGCCAACGAGGAACCUAAAUGCUUGACUAACUCUUCAUUAGUUUUUUGUUAUGAUUUUGCUUCUAAAUGUUAUUAAACAAAAUAAGAGGGUUGCAGCGUGGGGGUAGCUUUUGACUUUUGUUUGGGGGAAAAAUGCUCUUUAAAAAAUAUAUAAGGCAUGUAAAAUGCAUUAGCGUGUAUAUUAUGUAUACGGCAUGUUAUCAUAAUAUCAGUAUUAUUAUAUAUUAUUAUAUAUAUAUAUCCGCUUUAAUUAAAAUGCGCUUUUACCAAAGAGACCCAUCAUUUGCCUAUAGCUGCCGGUUCGAUCUUGGGGUGAAAUAUUAAUGUUUAUAUAAUUCAAACGACAAAGUUGGACGAAAAACAGCAAAAAAACUAAACUAUGUGCAGUCUAUAGUUCCAAUUUUGUUCAUGCCUUCUGCUUUUCUUGAAAUAACGUGUACAUUAUCUUGUAAGUCUGAUAUCCCCCCCUACCCACAUGCACACCCAUUCUCGUACCGCCUUAUAUACGUUACAAAGCAAUAUUCCUAAUCGCCUCGUCUUACACGUCAUGCCUUACGUUAAUGUGUAUGGUGUAUUGACUACAAGACGCACGCUCUGAAACGCACAUGCUGGGCAACGCAUGAAGUCUGUAGCACUCUCCUCCCCCUAAUAUCCACGUUAAAAUCGGAUAAUAUCUUGUCUGCCGGAUUGGCCCUCCCAGACUCCCCGUGUCAUUCGUUCAAAUGCGGCAACUCCGGACCGGUUUCGCCCUCUGCAGGGACUCAUCAGCGGGGUUUUGUCUGGACUGGUUUCUGUUCUCGUUGCGGCUCUUCGGCAGAGUCGGCCUAGACAUGGUUUCAUCUUUCUACGUCUUAUCAGCAGAGUCGCAUGGACCAGUGUUUUGACUGCAUGUGUCUUCAUCAGCAGUCGCAUGAGCCAGUUAUGACAUACACAGGGCUCAUCCAGCAGAGUCGCGUUGACUUUUCGUGAUGAGUCUCAGAAGGGUGGAAACCAGUCCAUCGUUUGCCUUGUGUAAUUUGCGGAAGUCGUCGUGAGUGAAACUACUGCCAUAUGUCAAGAUGACGUCCCAACCCAACGUGGACACAACGUACGCUGUGGUGCACGGCGGCGGGGAGAUGAUGGCUUUUGAUGCGGUUUGAAAUCGUCGAAUGCAACGUGCUCUGGUCGAUUUGGUGGGCGAGGCGGCGGGGGGGGGGGGGUGAAUGAAAUGUUCAUUCAUUAUGUUAUGUUAGUUCAUUCAUUUCAGUCAUUCCUCCGGGACGCCUGUAAAAAAAUAAACGAGAUGUUUUAGCUCACAAGAUUUGUGUUUUUUUGUUCCUGGUUAAAUAUUUUCAAUAAAC